AUGAGUUGCCUUGUUAAUGGAACACCAUCAACUCUUUUGACUGUGGAGACAAAUGAUGACGUUGUCACUCCUGAAACUAUUGGAAAUGAUGUAGGUCCACCUACUGAUAAUUCAUCUGAAGAUACUGUAUAUAGCGAUUCUACUGAAACAAGCAGUUUUUUAACCAUUGGUGAACAACAAGAACUAGAUGCUGUAAGAAAUCAGCUCUCUGCUGAAGACCAAUGUCUUGGCCCACAGUUGAAGAUCAGCCAUUAAAUGGAUACCAAAUCCAAUAUCUUGCAACCAUGGCAUUUCCUACACUAUUCCCUGAUGGAAAGGGAGACCCAACAAAUCAAGCACUACAAAGAAAUGUUCCUCUUUCUGAGCGAAUCAAGUGAGGUAAGACGACAAAAUGUUAUUAACAAUCCCCAUGUCGUAGAUUGGUUUUUUACCCAAAGAUUAGAAAGUUUUGUAAAACACUGGCUCUAUGAUACUCUUGGUGCAAAAUGGUACUGGUUUCGAUAUGAAUACCAAGGUAGAGGUAGUAUCCAUUGUCAUGGUACUGCUAAACUAAAUAAUGACCCAGGUUUGUGUCAACUUACUCAGACUGCUUUGAAAGGUUUCUUAGCUCAAAAAUUUAAAGAUGAAAAUGAUUGUUCUGACACAACUGAACUAGACCAGGAUAUUGAAGCUGGUAAGAAAGCAGCUGACACA